GGCACCACCAUCUCCAGCCUGUCCAUGAACAAGGAUGGCCUGAUCGGAGGUGUGACGAACCCCAACGAGGUGUUCUGCUCCGUGCCCGGACGCCUCUCCCUCCUCAGCUCCACCUCCAAGUACAAGGUGACGGUCGGGGAGGUGCAGAGGAGGCUCUCACCCCCCGAGUGUCUCAACGCCUCUCUGCUCGGGGGGGUCCUCCGCAGAGCCAAAUCAAAAAAUGGAGGUCGGUGUUUAAGGGAAAGGUUAGAGAAAAUUGGACUAAAUCUACCUGCAGGAAGGCGCAAAGCUGCCAACGUCACUCUGCUGACAUCCCUGGUGGAAGGUGAAGCCAUUCACCUGGCUCGGGACUUCGGCUACGUCUGCGAAACAGAGUUCCCAGCCAAGGCGGCGGCAGAGUACCUGUGCCGCCAGCACUCCGACCCCACGGAGCUCCACACCCGCAAAAACAUGCUGCUGGCCACCAAGCAAAUUUGCAAAGAGUUUGCAGACUUGAUAGCCCAGGAUCGGUCCCCGCUGGGGAACAGCCGCCCCUCACUCAUCCUGGAGCCUGGAGUGCAGAGCUGCCUGACCCACUUCAGCCUCAUCACCCACGGCUUCGGGGGCCCUGCGAUCUGUGCUGCGCUCACCGCCUUCCAGAACUACCUGCUGGAGUCCCUCAAGGGGCUGGACAAAAUAUUCAUGAACAGCACAGGGAACGGGCACACAGCUGGGGACUCCAAAGCCUCAGAAAAGGAGGUGAAGCAUCGGAAAUAA